UCCGCCAACUUUGGAGCUUUUCGUUUGUUCGGACAUGGAGCCCCAAGCUGUACUUCCAUCUAUAAAAGUCGUUGCUCGGUGGACUUCCCGCUCGUCAUCGCCGUCGUCUUGGAGAGCUAGGGAGUUACGGAAGAGAUGUCGACGGCAUUGCAGGCGCAUAUGGAGAAGAUGAAGGUUCGCCAGAAUUACCGGAAUCUAUGGCACUCUGAUCUUAUCAGCACAAUUCGAGCCGACACUCCUUAUUGCUGCUUUGCGAUUUGGUGUGGUCCAUGUGCAUCAUACCUCCUGCGUAAGCGAGCUCUUUACAAUGAUAUGUCAAGGUACACGUGCUGUGCUGGUUAUAUGCCCUGCAGCGGUCGGUGUGGAGAAAGUAGGUGCCCAGAACUUUGCCUUUUGACUGAGGUUUUCUGUUGCUUUGGAAAUUCGGUAGCAUCAACCAGGUUUCUAUUGCAGGAUGAGUUCAACAUACAGACGACACAAUGUGAUAAUUGCAUAAUUGCGUUCAUGUUCGUCCUUCAACAAGUUGCAUGCAUAUUUUCUAUUGUUGCAAUGAUUGUUGGGAGUAGUGAAAUUCAAGAGGCUUCUCGGCUGCUAUCUUGUUUUGCUGAUAUGGUUUAUUGCUCGGUUUGUGCAUGCAUGCAGACACAACACAAGAUUGAAAUGGACAAACGAGAUGGCAUGUUUGAGCCAACAGCGAUGGCGGCGCCCCCUGUCCAGCAGAUGUCCCGUCUCGAUCAGCCAUAUCCUCCCUUUGUGGGAUACCCGCCUCAACCGGCAUACGGGCAGGCCUACGGUCAUCCACAUCUGGCUCACGACUACCCAGCUGCUGCAGCUCAUCCUCAACCUGGUUACUCCUCUUCUGGUUAUUAA